AUGUUUACUCCAAUCCGAACCGCCAUAACCGGCGGUGGCACGGCAGGCGCCUCCCUCCUGCACGCCUUACUCAAACACCCCCGUCUAUGCGUCCGCAUCUUGGAGUCCGCCGCCGAAUUCAGAGAAGCCGGUGCCGCAGUUGCAAGCCGAUAUCUGGUACGUGCCGGCGCAGUCCCGCAGCGCGGGCGCCGCUUCAUGCUUGCCCAGCGUGAAGGGUGGAAUAGCAUAAUUGAUGAGACGAGGGAUGACGAUGGCUGGACGCUGAAGGGCAGUGUGCAUCGGGCCGCGUUCUUGCGAGAAUUGCGAAUCUGA